AUGGGGUUCUGGUCACAGCUGCGCCUGUUGUUGUGGAAGAACUUUACACUGCGUAAACGACAGCCAAUAAGAGUUCUCAUAGAAAUUGCCUGGCCUCUGGUUCUGUUUGUGAUUCUGGUUGCUGUUCGCUUCAGACCAGAUGUUCGUCAGGAUAUUCCAGAAUGUCACUAUGAGCCCAAAGCCAUGCCAUCUGCCGGGACCAUGGCAUUUCUGAUGUCAUACCUCUGUGACUUCAAUAAUGACUGCAAGCAGAACCUGAGUACAGAGGAGCCUGGUUCUAUCAACAGUUUUAAUGACUCACUGUUGGUUCGACUAGUGGAUGACCUAGAGAGACUGGCAUCCAGCAAUGGUGACAUGAUAGUCAGACUGGUUAGAGACAUCCCACUGUUGGAGAAGUUCUUGGAGACUGUGGUGAAUGCUUCCAACAAUUUAGGGGAUACGACUCUAAGGCUUGCCGAUGUAUUGUCUAGCAUGGAAAAUCUGACAGAGUCAUUGGCCAGGCACAACAUUAGCUUGUCUGGCAACGCUAUAAAAACCAUGCUUAAUGCCUCACUGGACCUGCCUAAGAUUUAUGGACUGUGUUUGCGGGUAUUUUAUAUAUGGUGUUCUGAAUGUUUCCAGAUUCUUCUGGAAUAUUUUGACUUUGAAAAUGAGACAGAGGCUGCCAGUCUUCACAGUCAAGUUUGUAACAUGAGCCUUGAUGACAUAUCCCAAUUGGUAGAGGCCAUCGCAAUUAAUAUAGACAGAGGCAAACUUGUCAGUCAGGUUAGAGGCAUUUUUCUAAAUCUCACAGAAGUGGCAUUGAGUUCAAAUCUGGACUUUUUGGCAGCCAUUCCACAGCUGAUAGCCGAUUUAACUAAGCUAUACAAUACGAGCGGCUUUCUCCAAGACUUGCCCGAUUUGAUCGCAGCUUUAUCUUCCUCUACCAUGGGCUCUACCAAUGGCAGCUCCUCCAAUAGCAGCUGGAUAUCUGUUCUGGGCAAGUCAUUAUGUGGUGGGAACCGAACAGUUUUUAAUGCAGAUGGCGCCUCUCAGCUCAAUAUUCAGAACAGUCAACAGAUAAUGACAGAGGGGAAUGACAAAAGGAAGGAGUAUGAGGACAAGAAGGAAGACUACGACUUCCAGAAUGAAAAGAUGACCAAAGUUCUCUGGAACCAGUUGGAACCUGUGAUUCUUGGGGUCAUCAACUAUGCUCCUGAAACAGCAGCUACCAAAAGAAUUAUCCAUGAAGCAAACAGAACAUUUGACUCCAUAGGUCAAGUGUUUGCUCUGGUAGACAGCCUCCAUGACUUUCUACCCCAGGUCCAACAGUUUUUGGAGACUAACACCACUGCCAUCAGGGUAAUGACACU